GGAAUCCUCAACACAACACCAUAAGCAGCAAGAGGUUGGGACUGGCCUGAAAGAUGAACCAGACAGAUUAUUGCUCCGAAAAAAUAGUAAAGCCCUCGGGACACCUGUUGAAGGGAGAAAACCACAGAAACAGUUGACGUCUUCCGAAAAGAGGUGAAGCUAGGAUGAGACGCCGGAGUGCUGCACCGGGGUUGGACCAGGGGUCCCAGCCUGGGCCAGAGCGAACGGAACGGGGAGACCACGGCACCGCCCUACUUGAAAACCAACUCAGUGCAGGCGACUUGGUCAAAAUCCAGAGGGCCUUCGAGCCCCCAGAGCCAAGUCAAUCCAUUUGCAUGACCAGAGAAGAGUUCACGCAGAGGAUGACAGAGACUGUUGGUUGGGGCCCACGGGAAGAAUAUGGGAAGCUCUUUGACAAGGUGGAUGUGGCCCAGGACGGCUUCAUUAAUUGGGACAAACUUUCUUCAUUUUUGCUGUUAACACUUUAUGAGAAUGAUGAACGUGCAAAGGCAACUGUGGUUCCCCAGUGGAAAGACCUCGAAUUCCUCCCAGUGAAACACAAGGACACCAUUCAAAAGGUCAUUUUCUUGAAGAGUUCCAGUCGCUAUGUGACCAUCAGUAAGGACGGUUUGUUAGGCAUUUGGGGAGAGAAUCUAAAGCUGCAAGAAACACUUCCUAUCACUUCAGAUGCCACCAAGCUGAAACACCUGUGGGUGACAAGUCUGGUUUCUCUGGAAAAUGUAAACAAGAUAGCGGUGGCUUUUACAAGUAAAGAGAUUUGUUUUUAUGAUCUGCUGUCCAAAGAACAAUUUCCUUGCCAAUAUAAACUCCAAGGCCUGAAAGGAACACCAAUUUGCAUGGAUUAUUGGUAUGACCCUCUUGAUGCCAAUGAAGCAAUUCUGUCUUUUGGGGACAUAACUGGAAAGGUUCAGGCAAUUGUUUUCACAACGGCCUUGCUUUCCCUGUUUGAGCGUCCCGCUAGUGCCUGUGAAGACGAAGAAGCCACUGUGGCCAUUAAUUGGGCGGAACUGCUCUCUGGAUAUCAUAAAUGUUGCUAUACAUUAGAGCACAAACUUCAUCAUGGAGCUUGGGUCAGGCAAGUUACUUACAGUGCCUCUUUAGAUGUUAUCAUUUCCAGCACAACCAACAAUACAAAUACAGUGGUGCUGGCUUGGAGAGAGAAAUCAAAACAGCAUCUUCGAAUGACAUCCUUCAGCAUCGCCCAGGGCAUUCAUGCUUUUGAUUACCACUCUCGACUCAAUUUAAUUGCCACUGCCGGCAUUAACAAUAAAGUUUGCCUGUGGAACCCCUAUGUUGUCUCUAAGCCAGCCGGAGUGCUGUGGGGUCACUCUGCCAGUGUGAUAGCUGUACAGUUCUUUGCUGCAAGAAAACAACUCUUCAGCUUCUCCAAAGAUAAAGUUUUGAGACUCUGGGAUAUUCAGCACCAGCUAUCCAUCCAGAGGAUAACAUGUCCUUUCCCCAAAAGUCAGGACUUCAGAUGCCUCUUCCACUUUGAUGAAGCCCACUGCCGACUUUUCAUCUCAUUCAAUCACCAGCUAGCAUUGUUGGCCAUGGAAAGGGAAGCCGGCAAGAGGGUGAAAAGCCACAAGAACGCAAUCACGUGUGUUCUGUACAAUUCGGUCUUGAGGCAGGUAAUCAGCUCUGAUGUGGGGUCAACUGUUUCUUUCUGGAUGAUAGACACUGGGCAGAAAAUCAAACAAUUUACUGGUUGCCAUGGAAAUGCAGAAAUCAGCACCAUGGCCCUUAAUGCAAAUGAGACGCGGCUUUUGACUGGCAGCACAGAUGGGACUCUCAAGGUAUGGGACUUCAAUGGAUAUUGUCACCACACACUGAAUGUUGGGCAAGAGGGAACUGUGAAUAUUUCACAGAUCCUGGUUCUUAAGACGACAAUACUGGUUACAGGCUGGGACAGGGCAUUGACUGUGUUUCGACCUCGGAACAGCAAGCAGUUUUCCGUCCAGCCCGAGGAAUGGAAGGGAGGAACGCAGCACCGACACAAUGUCGUGUGUGCUGCAUUUUUGCCUCCGCAAACUCUCGCUACAGGGAGUUACGAUGGAGAAAUCAUUCUGUGGAACAACAGCACAGAAAAUGCUCACUCUGUUCUUCACCCUGAUUACCAGCGGCUGCUAAAAUCAAAAUCUGACACAGAGCCUCAGAAGCUCCUCAGUGCUGGGAGGAGCUGCGCCAGCCACCCCACCGCAGACCAGGCUACCCUGAGAGCCAGCUCCUUUGAGACUGGCACUGAAAGCAAUAAUGCUGUUAUGAGGCUUUGCUUCCUUGAAGCAAGAAAACACACUGCAACCACAGGAGGUGCUAACUUGGUGUCGUGUGGAGGAUCUGGGUAUGUCAGAUUCUGGGAUACAAUUAAGAAGCAACUUCUGGGAGAAUUUUUGGCUCACAGUGGAGUUGGAUCUAUCAUUAUGGCUACUGAUAGAUCGAAUCGAUACCUCACCACAGGAGAUCUUGAUGGAUGGCUGAAAAUCUGGAAUAUAGAGGAGUACUGUCUUAAUUUUAGUAAGAGCAAGAUCACACAGGCCCCAGCCCUGAUUAGAUCGUUCCAGCCUCACGAAGACCAGGUCAGUUCCUUGGAGAUGUGCGAGGCGGGCGGCAGCUCCCUGGUCGUGUCCUCCUCGGCCGACUGCAGCGUGUGCGUGACUGAUGUCUGCGGCGCGCCGGUGUGCAUCUUCGGUCAGGCAAAGCAUUGGCAAAUCCGAAGCUGUUUUCCUCUCCCAAAGAAGGAUAACAAUUUAAUGGAAAGUGAGAUUCAAGAAGAAAGCAUAAAGGAAAUUCCUUUACUUUCUAAGGAGGAAUCAUGUUUAGACCCAACAGAACAUUCCCUACUUGAUAAGGGGAACAAAGACGAGUCAACAUGCAAUGUCAGACCAUCAGAAGUCAUACAUUUAGGUAUAAAAUAUAAGGAGAGAAAUAUAUACAAGAAAAAAAUGCAUAACCUUUAUAACAGUGAAGUUAUACAAAACUCGUCUAGUGUCUUUAGGUCAUUAAGCAUCGGAGCCCUGAAGAAAGUACCUGAAGUGCAGAAACCGGCUCUUCUUCUAGACCCUGAGAAAUACUUCAGGGACCAGCCGGAGGAGGCGUGUGCCCACCGUCCAGCGCCCCCACCUCUCCCCGAGACUUUGAAAGCUGUAUUUGUUGAGAAAAACCUGUUUUCCAAAGACUUUCUGGAUCGCGAAAGAAGAGGCAAGCAAUUAUGUCAAGAAACAAGUAGUGAAGUGAAGAUGAAAAGAAAUAAGAAGCAAUUAUAA